CCACUACCCCCAUUAGCGAUUCACUACUGAGAAAGGUCUAUUUCAGUUCGGUCAAGGCGGGGGAAGGGCUGCUAAGUUUACUCGGGCUGAAUUGGGUCAGAUGUCCUCUCUCAGGUCCGCAGUCUUGAUUUAUAAAAAUAGCUGAUAAAGCGGGAGGCAUCAUAAGGCGAUUAAACAAGAAUAUCCACGAUGUCGGGCAGAGGCAAAGGAGGCAAAGGUCUCGGAAAAGGAGGCGCUAAACGAGGCGCUAAACGUGACCGCAAAGUCCUGCGUGACAAUAUCCACGGAAUUACCAAGCCCGCCAUUCGCCGUCUCGCUCGCCGUGGGGGAGUAAAACGAAUUUCGGGGCUCAUCUACGAGGAGACCCGCGGUGUACUCAAGGUCUACCUGGAGAAUGUAAUCCGUGAUGCCGUCACGUAUACUGAGCACGCCAAAAGGAAGACUGUUACUGCGAUGGAUGUGGUGUACGCUCUCAAAAGACAAGGACGCACUCUCUAUGGCUUCGGCGGUUAAAGUGUUUAAUCAGCAUCUUAAACAGUCAAAGGUCAUUUUGAGGACCACACACACACCUUCGUGUUCACGUUUCUAUCAAAGUUACCCAGAACAGGGUGAGAUCAAUGAUGUAUUGAUUAUAGAUACUUUGUGGCUCAAUUUGAAUGCCCGUAGGAUUUCAGAUGCCGCAAGCCACUUUAAGCCAACCUUACUCUGGUAAAAUCUAGUGAUGGGAAUUCCGGCUCCUUUUAGAGAGCUGGCUCUUUUGGAUCGGCUCCCUAAAAAGAGCCGAUCUUUCGGAUCCCAAAUGGCUCCUCAGUUUUUUUUGUUGCUUAAAUUAAUACCAAAAAUAACGUAAUAUGUGUAAAAUGAAGUACUAAUGCAAAAAAAUAGACAUAUCAAAUAUUUAUUAUUUAUAUGGCUUUAUUUAUAUUCUUCUGAACAUACUCAACAUGGAGUGCUACAAAAAUAAAAACAAAGUACCAAGACCCAUCUCAAAACAAGGUCGUCAAAAAGUUCCAA